AUGGCGGCCAAGACUUCAGCCUUUAAAAUAUUAUAUGAGGAAUAUGGGGCAAAGGAGGGGAUAAGAAGCUAUACAAGUUAUCCAAAAUUAGGUAGAGAAAGGCUCGGGUCCUGGAUCGAGCGAGGUGCAUCAAAGACGAAGACGGUAAGACUCUUGAAUGAGGACGGGGAUAGGAACAUCGUGCUGGGUGAGUUGGAGAACUCAGAGAGUCGGAGAGAUUUUGGGUUUGGCAGGCGUAUUAGGUGGGAGGAGGUUGAUAUGGCUAUACGGAUGAUGAGCAGGGGUAAGGCAACUAGGCCUGACGAGAUCUCGGUGGAAUUUUGGAAAGAAGUGGGUAGGGUAGGCUUGGAGUGGCUUACUAACUUGUUUAACAUCAUUUUCAAGAUGAAGAAGAUGACCGAAGACUGGAGGUGGAGUUUGAUGAUUUCGUUGUACAAAAACAAAGGGGAUAUCCAGAACUGCAAUAACUAUAGGGGUACCAAACUACUGAGUCACACUAUGAAUGUCUGGGAGAGGGUGGUGGAGAAGAGAGUGAGAACAUGUGUAUCUAUAUCUGAGAACCAACUCAGAUUUAUGCCAGGACGGUCAACCACAGAAGCCAUUCAACUUGUGAGAGGAUUGGUGGAGCAGUAUAGGGAGAGGAAAAAAGGACUUGCACAUGGCGUUCAUUGA